GAUCGCUGGCCCGGGAUGGGUGAACUCUCCCCUCGCGUUGUUGGUCGCUGGCCCGGGAUGGGUGAACUCUCCCCCCGGGUGUUCGGUCGCUGGCCCGGGAUGGGUGCCCGCCCUCCCUGCCGCGUUGCCGCUCCCGCAGCCCCCCCGUGCCGGGCCGGGCGGAGCCGCGCCGGGCCGGGCGCAGGCGCCGCAGCGCUCACCCAGCGCUCACCCAGCGCCAUGGCCCGCGGGGCGCCGGCGGCGCUGCUGGGCGCCGCGGCCUGUCUGUGCCUCCUGGCCCCGGCGGCACAGGCCUUCAGGAGGAGGGGACCCAGCGUGACAGCCAAGGUGUUCUUUGAUGUGAAGAUUGGAGACAAAGAUGUGGGCAGAAUUGUAAUUGGAUUGUUUGGAAAAGUUGUCCCAAAGACCGUGGAAAACUUCAUUGCGUUGGCAACUGGAGAAAGAGGAUAUGGAUACAAAGGAAGUAAAUUCCAUCGUGUGAUCAAAGACUUCAUGAUUCAAGGAGGAGACUUUACAGUAGGAGAUGGAUCAGGAGGAAGAAGCAUCUAUGGAGAAAAGUUUCCAGAUGAGAACUUCAAGCUCAAGCACUAUGGAAUUGGAUGGGUUAGCAUGGCUAAUUCUGGCCCAGACACCAACGGAUCCCAGUUCUUCAUCAGUGUGACAAAGCCUUCCUGGUUAGAUGGAAAACAUGUAGUAUUUGGCAAAGUCCUUGAUGGAAUGUCUGUGGUGCACUCCAUUGAACUCCAGCAGACAGAUGAGCAUGACCGGCCCCUUCAGGACUGUGUGAUUGUGAAUAGUGGCAAAAUAGCUGUAAAGGAACCAUUUGUAGUUGAAGUAGAUGACUGGUGAGAUCAACAGUCAGAAAGAAAAGUAAAACUUUAUCAUUUUUCUUUAACACCUGUUUUUGACUGAUCUCCACUGUCCAUUCAGUUUUCUCCUCGAAACAUAUGAGGCUACAUUUAGGCAGUACUUAGCAUUUGCCAAAUACAUAAAAGAUAUGACCAUUUCUAUAACAACUUAAUGGAGCUUUCACUCCUUGAAAUUCAAGACAUACCCCACUAAAUUCUAGAUCUUGCAGAAAAAGUCUUUCAUGAAAAAGUAUAGCAGUAAUUCUAUUUUUCUCAAGGCUUAAAACAAAAUCCUUUGUUUUCUUUGGAAAUUUUAGCAAUAUUUGUUUCCAUCUUUUCAACUGAAAAUAUGUUCUGUAACACUACCAGCAUUUUUAAAAAUUAAAAAAAAGUAAAAUACAUAAGUGUUUUGAAUAAAUAAACUUUGAUUUUAAAUAAA